UGGAUGUGCCUUCCUCGUGCUCCUGAUUUUUUAUGCUGUUUUGCCGUGUUAUUUCUGGAAUUUCAACAUUUGCAACAGUGGUGCUGCUGAGUUGUUCGUACUGGCUAGUGCGUGCCUUCGAUUAAUAUAAAGUUGCACUGGAGUUCUUCUGUUAAUUCAACAUUUUUGCCGAGAAAGUGUUUGGCUUCGUUUCUGCUCCUGUCACUCAUCAGUUUGUGCUGAGUCAUCGUUAUGCAGUGCUCAACCUGCAAUGCACCCACCGAUAGUGCUAAUUCGGUGUCUUGUGCCGGUGUGUGUGGUUCCAAGCAUCACACCCAUUGCACGGGGUUGUCCCGUGAUUCUACUCGUGAGCUUGGGCGUAAUAAUCAGUUAUUGUGGUUGUGCAAAACAUGUCACGAGUUUCGCAAUGGCACAAAUUCACUUCUCACAAAUCGGCUAUCAAGAGCGAUUUGCUUCCUGAGAUCCUCGCUCUCGUUGAUAAGCGAGCGCUAGCACCCAUAUUAGCUAAGCCGUCUGUUAGCAACGCAUCGCGAACGCACACAUCCACUAAUGUAUCGUCGCUCAAUGCCACAAAUACAUCCAGAACGACUUUCGCAGACAGCUUCCGCUCGCCGUACAUUUACUAACUCAACGGAGCUCACUGCUGAUAUCCAAGCUGCGAACGAUACCAACACUGUGGAAGAUUCUGACAACUGUAACCACUACAAUCAUCGUACUAAGCCGACUAGUGAUGUUAGUGCUGGAAACUAUCAAACAUAUACACAAGCAUCUUCUGAUCCUGUUUUGAACCAAAACACCACCAACACGGGCAUAGCCGAGAAAGUAUGGUUAUACUUCACGAACAUCAAAUCGCAUGUAUCCGCUGAUGAUAUGCGUGUGUGGCUUAAAGCUGUGCUACCAACGGACGAUAUUAAUGUUUACCGUCUCACGAAAAAGGGUGUGAACCUGGACUCGCUGUCCUUCAUAUCGUUCAAAGUGAGUGUUCCUAAAUCUCUUAAGGAGCUUGCGCUGCGGUCUAUUAUUUGUCCAGUUUCACUUACUGUUCGGGAGUUUGUUGCUCGUGGCCUACCAAAGCAACGUGUACAUGAAAGGGCUCGAUUUGACCCUUCUGAGCUUAUUUCGCAUCGUAAAAAUAGUGAAAAUUGCUCUUCAGCUGUGCCAAAAACUACCGCUCAUCCGGAUCAUUUUUUGGAACAUCGAUCGCCACCCCCACAGCGCGGGAUUCUAUCACCAUCCCAGAUGACCGAGAUCCUAGAGGCUAUUCAACUGGAGUUUCCUCCCACACCGCCUCAGUUAUCACCGGAGGUGGGGCUUCAUUCACAAUCCAAUCUCAGCAACAAGAACCGCUCACCACAGAUCAGCCCGUUUGCCAAACGGAUAGCUCACAAUUAAUAGACCCAUUCGUGAUGUAUUACCAAAAUGUUGCCCUUACUGAAACCUGGUUAAAUGAAUCGAUUCCAUCCAACAUGGUCCUUGAUAGUGAUGCCUACAACAUAUACCGCUGCGAUCGAAGCAGGUUAUACAAUGAACGUUCGCGUGGGGUGGUGUGCUACUUGCAUGUUCCGUUCGAUAUCCUUCUGUGGCACUUAACAUUAAUCAACCCACGCUUGAAGCUUUAUGUAUACGUGUUUCUUUUUCUAAGUUUCGUCUUUAUGUGGGGAUUGUUUAUGUGCCACAGUAUUUGAGCAGCGACCGCAACUAUUUGGAAUCCCUUUCUGCUUUCAUCAGUGAUGCAUACAUGCAAAUGAAACCGAAUGAUCAUCUUAUCCUUCUGGGUGACUUCAAUCAACCUGCGUUAGAGUAGUCGCUUUCUACCGCAGUAAGGCCAGAUUCAUCUUCAGCUAUAAGACAUUAUGUGCCACAUAUUUCUUCGAAUACAUUCAGUUCCUGCUUUUUGGAUAUGUUAAACUUGCAUGAACUCUAUCAGCUGAACGGGGUGCAUAACCAUUUAAAUCAUUAUUUGGACCUGGUGCUCUCCAACUCUGCUGCAGCUGCUUGUUGUUCUGUGUAUCCUGCUUCGUCACUGCUCCUGCCCCAGGAUGCUCAUCAUCCUGCUCUAGAAAUUGCGUUACCGUCUUCUUUAUUUAGGGCUAGUAGGGUUAAGAUUGUAUUACCUUCUGCUCCUAAUUCAUUGAGUGUUCGUUAUAAUUUUCGGCUCACAGACUAUCGUAAACUUAAUUCAAAUCUAUCUCGUUCCGACUGGUCUUUUUUUAUCAAUGUACAUCGGUCGACGAGGCUGUCCAAUCGUUUAAUGCUUUGUUAACCUCUGCACUUCUUUCAUGUACACCUAUUGUUCGAUCCCCUCCUAAUCCUCCCUGGUCCAAUCGUACUCUUCGCAACCUGAAAAAGGAUAGAAUGAAAUAUCUUAGCAGGUAUCGUCUGAACCGAUCUGCUUUCUACUUUCGUUUAUUUAAGUACGCUGCCUCUGCGCAUCGACUAUACAACAGGGCUCGUUUUGAGGCCUAUUCGAGUAGACUGCAAUCGCGUUUCCGUUCUGAUCCAGCAUCCUUCUGGCAAUUUGUUAGGAUACGAAGAGGGUGCAAUACGUUACCUAAUGAAAUGGUACUUGAUUCUCGAACUGCCUCUACGCCUGUUGAGAUCUGUGAGCUAUUUUCUGCACAUUUUUCCCAAAUGUUUGAGCCACCAUUUUCAACCUUUCACUUUCUCUUGGGGUUUUUCCUGCUCUUUGGAAAUCCUGUUGGCUUUUUCUGGUACACAAAAAGGGAUGCCGUAGCAUUGUUUCUAAUUAUCGUGGGAUAACCCAAACAUGCGCCACAGCCAAAACUUUUGAGCUAUGUAUCCUUCCAACCAUACUUCAUAGUUGUAGGUCAGCUAUAAGCCCUAAACAGCAAGGGUUUAUGCCUGGUAGGUCUACUUCAACUAAUCUCAUGUCUUUUGUUUCCAAUAUUUUUAGAUCUUUUGAGGCCGGUACCCAACUUGAUGCAAUAUACACCGACUUUCAUGCUGCUUUUGAUAGUUUACCUCACUCU